AUGUAUAAGAACAUCGCCAAGCAUGUGUUAAGAGUGUCAUCAAGUCGAGCAGCCCCCCUGCCUUAGUAGUUAGUGUCUCAGCCAAGAAGGUUCUUCCCAUUCUUUGAUUUUUCCUAAAGAGGCAGAAAUUGGACAGUUCAAAAUAAGAUUUCACCAAUCGAUGUGCCACCAAUUGAGAGAACUGAGUAUGAACCUAACUACUAGAUUAACCUUAAAUACAAGGAUCUCCACGAUAUUAAGAUGGAAAAUGUAGUUUGGUCGGUCAGAUUAAAGGGAGCUGACAUCGGUCACAUUGAACUCACAGAUCUCAAUGGAAAAGGACCAUUCAUUUACAGAGCUCAUCACCUUCACAUGCAUGGCCCCUCGGAACAUAGAGUAGCUGGGGUUUAACACGAUUUAGAGAUGCAUAUUGUGCACGAAUUAAUAGAUGGCCCAGAUCACGAAACAUACAAGGAAUAGUUAGCAGUAGUUGGAAUCAUCUUCAAAGUAGCAGAAGAGAGUCACCCCUUCAUUAAUAAAAUAAAAACUGAAGAUUUAGGACAUAUUGAAACAAUAAACUUCAACGAGAUAUUCCAGACUAUUACUCCUGAUGAACACAAAGGCUUCUUUCACUAUAAAGGGUCACUUACUACCCCACCUUGCACUGAUAUUGUUAACUGGAACAUCUAUAGUGAAGUUCUGCCCAUUAAGGAGAAGCAUUUAAAGCAAUUAUAAGGUUAAUGGCAUGAUAAUCUCCAUGGCAACUGCAAUUUUAGAGAAUGCUAGCCACUGUAUGGACGAAGGGUUGUCAGAAAUUUCCAAUGA